AUGUGGCAGCCGGCGUUGACUUUCGUUCUUGCGGGCUUCUUCGCGAUAGCGGAGUGCGGCCCCCCAGGAAGGCCCUCACUUGGAUGGGGGGAGCGCAGCUUCGCGAUAGUAGAAGUUAAUCAAGCCGCAACAGCUUACAACCAGCUCGUGCAUCGGAAGGAUGCCGCUGAUGUCUCCGUAACCUGGAACGUUUGGACUGGUGAUGCUGCUGAUAGUUCGAAAGUUCUACUCGAUGGAAAACCAGUCUGGACUGGAGCAGGUUCAGCUACCUCAGCAACCUUCCCUAUCAAGAAGGGUGGUAGAUACCAGAUGCAAGUGGAACUCUGCAAUGCUGAUGGAUGCAGCUCUAGUGAUACAACUGAGAUCGUUGUAGCGGAUACUGAUGGAAGCCAUCUUCCGCCCUUGGACUACACUAUUGGAGAGAAGAACAAGCCCUUUAAGCAGACUUCUGGAAAAGUAGUUGGCGCUUACUUUGUGGAAUGGGGCGUUUACCCGAGGAAGUUCCCCGUCGAUCGCGUACCAAUUCCCAAUCUAACUCACCUUCUGUAUGGUUUUAUUCCAAUUUGUGGUGGAGAUGGAAUUAACGACAGUUUAAAGGAAAUCGAAGGAAGUUUCCAAGCGCUUCAACGUUCUUGCAGUGGUCGCGAGGACUUUAAAGUAUCUAUUCACGAUCCCUGGGCAGCCUUACAGAAACCUCAGAAAGGUUUAUCAUCUUGGAAUGAACCCUACAAAGGCAACUUUGGUCAACUGAUGUCAUUGAAACAAGCGAGACCUGAGCUGAAGAUUCUUCCUUCUAUUGGAGGAUGGACAUUGGCUGAUCCGUUCUUUUUCUUUACUGACAAGACCAAGAGAACUCGCUUCGUUGACUCAGUCAAAGAGUUCCUUCAAACCUGGAAAUUCUUCGAUGGUGUUGACAUUGAUUGGGAGUUCCCAGGUGGUAAAGGCGCUAACCCUACCUUUGGAAGCCCAGAAGACGGUGAUGUUUACGUCAACCUCAUGAAGGAACUCCGUGAAAUGCUUGACGAACUUUCUCACUCAACUGGUAGGAAAUACGAAUUGACAUCAGCUAUCAGCGCUGGUUGGGACAAAAUCCAGGUAGUUGACUACAGCAAAGCCCAAAACUACAUGGACCACAUUUUCCUGAUGAGUUAUGACUUCAAGGGAGCUUGGUCUAACGACACUCUGGGCCACCAGACACCUUUAUACGCCCCAGAAUGGAAUCCUAAAGAAACUUAUACUACCGAUUUUGGUGUAAAAUACUUGUUAGCUCAAGGUGUGAACCCGAAGAAGAUCAUCGUCGGAGUGGCAAUGUACGGACGUGGCUGGACUGGCGUCCACGGGUACGAGGACAACAAUCCCUUCACUGGCAACGCAACAGGACCAGUCAAGGGAACCUGGCAAGACGGUGUAGUCGAUUACAGAGAAAUAGCGAACGAAAUUGCCCAGGGAAAAUGGGAAUUCCAUUACGAUAACGUAGCACAAGCACCAUACGUGUUCAGACCGUCCACUGGGGACCUUGUAACUUACGACAACGCUAGAUCCGUCAUCGAAAAAGGCAAAUACGUGAGAAAUAAUAAACUCGGCGGUCUAUUCGCCUGGGAAAUAGACGCUGAUAACGGAGAUCUACUCAACGCAAUGAACAUGGGGCUAGGGAACAGUCCAGCUUGAUUCGCUCUGUAUAGUAAAUGUGAUUUUAUAAUAAGUUCGAUUAUAAGAAGGGUCUCAACUAGAUUUUUAAAUGUAAUUUAUAUUAAAGACUGCUAAAUUUAA